CUAUUCUCAAACAUGCUCUACGAAAUACUCUAUAAUUUUUUAAUAUGGCCCUAUACUCUUUUAAUAAAAUGGUUAACCUUCCUUAUUUUCUCGUUAACCUCUUUGUCAAGAAACGCCGUCGUUUCUUUUUUCUUGUUCCCCAGACUAUUCGCCAAAGAAUUCAGUAAAAGAUUAAACAUCCAUUGGGCAUUGAACAAAAAAAAAUGAAGCCUUUUUUUACAGUUUGAUUUACGCAUAGCAUUUGUAAGAUGGCUGCGGAGAACACUUCAUCUACUGCAGUAAAUAAGCAAGAUGUUUCACCAUCUACAUCAAAGCAGCCCCAAAAGAUCGUUGGUUGGAUGGAGGAGUUGGAGUACAGAGCGGAGAUGUUUAACAUGCUUACACACACCUGUUUCCACAAGUGCAUCUCCAGCAAGGAUUACAAAGAGGCCGAGCUUUACAUUGGCGAGAAUGCUUGCAUCGAUCGCUGUGUUUCAAAGUACUGGCAGGUAACAAAUAUUAUAGGUCAGUUGCUUGCUUCCGGGUGUGCUGGAACUGGCCCUCAGUGAAAUUAAUUCUGAAAAUUGCCGGAAAAUCUUUCUCUUUCUUUUUUUUUCAUUAAGUGUUGACAUCUUUUAUGAUAAUCUGUAAAGAUGCAUACAGUUUUUUUUGGUAAUGUUCAUUAACUCCAAAGCAGACUUUAGGCUCUUUUUGCUAGCCAUUACUGACUUUACAAACAGAAUAGAAUGGAUAAGCAAGU